GUGGAUGCUUUACUGGAUGCGAGGAGGACUAAACACAACAUGUUCAUGUGUUAGACACUUAUUUCAGUGCAGAUCCUUUUCUGUACAUACAUUUUUUGGAGGGGGAAAGUUGGAAAGUUUUCUUCUAUGUCUAAUUAAGGGAGUUUUUGUUCUAAACAAAAAUCAUGUUCACAUCCUACAUAAAGAAUCUGAAUGAUUUGGUAUUUUCUACGUCUGAGGACCCUGAGGAGCAGCAGAGCACCGGGGUCUUGGGUCGUAUCGGGAGCUGGCUUUCUCCAUGGAGGGGAAAGAGUCCAAAGAGUCCCACUGAUAAUGCCUCACCAACUGGUGAUCAGGCUCUUAGAUCAGAGAGAGAAGAAGAGAGCGAGGAGCCUGUGAGACCCCGGGCAAGGACACAACAGUGGGAGGAGAAGGGCCAGAGCUCCAAUCCAGAUCCACUCUUUUUCCCCAGAGACAUUUUUCCCUGUGAAGAGGGGGACGCCACGCAGUCUGCCCACAGAGUCGGCUCUGUUGUGAGCAGCACUGAGAGAGCAGAAGGAGGUCCAAAAAAGGAGGAGUUUGCGGAGAGCAGGAAGAAGAGAGCAGGGCAGGGCAAGGAGAGGGAGGAGAGCAGCAACGGUACUUCAGCAAGCGGGAAUCCUGAAAAGAAUGCCAGCCAUCUGACACAUCUCUCUCCGUCUGCUGAGCAGGGAGUGGUGUGGGACUCUGACCGGGCCCACACCCUGCCUCAGGCCCCGAGACGAGCACAGGCACAGGCCCAGGCAGGCGGGAAGCUCCAUGUGUACCUGGAGGAGACCAGCGUGACUCAACACGGCCAAGACACCUGUGCUGGACAGGAAGUUAAAAUCACAAAAAAGAACUUAAAGGUCCUCCCCAAAGCAAAGUCAUCCCCAAGUUUUGAUUUGAGCUCAAUUUCAAUAAGCGCAGAGAACAAAAGGACAAAUGUUAGGCCGGCUAUUGGGACGCAGAGUUAUUACAGUGCCCUCGUGGGAGUGUCACUGAAAUCACGCAAAGACUCACAGUCAUCGCCUGAACCUGUAGAACAAACAGACACCGACAGCAUGGGGCGUAAAAACGCAGCCAAGAGGAGAAUCAGGAAGAACUCUCAGGGAGAUGGAGGCAACAGCCCGCAGGAAAAAAUGUCUCCCAACACCCAACAUGUCCCAGAGGGAAUCCCUACAUCAGAUAACUCCGCGACCAGUCCUCAGGGCAAAAGUCCAAAGACACACAUGGGAGAGUCGUCUGCAGACUCCACCUCCAAGCACCACCCCACCUCUCAGGCUUCACCUGAGGGAGCGGAGAGUAAGACUUCCUGCUCCAAGUCAGUCAAGCAGUUGGACGGAUUCCAGGACUCAAAGUCAGUCACUGCAGCCGGUCUGGCGUGUGUGGUUGAUGGGGGCGCAGCAAUGGAGGACGACGACAGCCUUUACAAAGUUGAGAGGAAGACAGAGACACCAGAGUCCAAACGCAGGAGUAUCAAAGUUUCUCGAAGUGAGGUGAAGCUAUUUACAAAGAAUGUGCCUCUGAAACCAAAGCAAAGUCCAGCGGGUGACACCCAGGAACUUAAAUCAACGCUGAGGAAUAACGAAGAUGAAGCGAAGGAUAAGCCCGAAACAGAGAUUGAUGCAAGACUGCACCAACUGAAGAAAAUUGACGAGGAGCCUAAGCCAGGCGUUGGCCGCAUUGCAGAUAAAAUCAGCCUCUUUGAGCGCUCGACAGCGAGGGUCAACAAGCAGACCUUUCCAGCCCCGAGGAGCGCGGAUGUCUCUCCUGUCAGGAAUGCCACGGAUAGGCUGAAAGAAAAUUUGUUUCUGUCAGAGCAGAGGUCAAGAUCAGCUGAACGUUACAGCCCCACCAGGUCCAGCUCUGCUUCGCCUGUCAGGGAGAAGCUGAUGACGAUCAAAGAGCAAGCACAGAACUUCGCAGAGGCGUCUGAAACGGCGCCUCAAAAGCCAGCCUUGAUAGGGAUAUCUCAAAAAUCCACCUCGUCUGUUGCGGUGGCUGCAAUGAAGUCACCAGAACUGGACAGUCAGGGUAGACUGGAUACUAAAGUGCAAAUACAAGCAAAAGCAAAGUCAGAGAUAACUUUGAAACCAGAUGAACAAGAUACCACAGCUGUAGGGGUAAAAACUUCCAUCCCUAAAGAACAACCAGCAGACGCCAUAAGAAACGACACAGUUGCCUCAAAAACAGCUGAUCAAGGUACGAAGCCUGACAGCGUUGACGCACAUGUUCCAGCUAAAGGGACAGGUGAUGCAGAACUGACUGACAGCAUUAGCCCACAGUCCAAAGGCCCGAGCAGAACGGGCUCCCGCUCUAAAAGACGAAAAGGUAGGGAACCAACCAGUCCCAUGAGCCCGAGUAGUGAAAACGAGCCAGACUGCUCUACAAGUAAAGCAGAGCUCACUGCAACAAAGCAGAAACAGGUGGAUAUUAAAGCCGAGGCUGCUUCUGCCUCCAGACAGCUCACAGAGGAAGUCUCAUUACCAUCUGAUAAAGCCCAAGGAAAUACAUCAGACAAACAGUCUCUGCCUGAUACCAAACAGAAAGCACUUAGGAAGGAUUUGGAGCUUUUAGACAAACAGAAGAAACAGUUAGAUUCUUCAUUUAAAAAGGAGAGUAUUGACAAACUGGCCAACAGAAAGGAGAGAUUGCCUGAACCGUCUGUCAGCAAAGAUGAACCCGAUACUGGUGCUCAUAGCAGCGGAACAAAGACACCUAUUGACAAGGAUCCCGUUAUUUUACCUCAAAAGGAGGAGAAGGCUGGGGGACACAGCCUCUUAUUCACACAGAGGAGGGAAAAGGACUCCAAGGACAGCAAAGAAACUUCAGCCUCCCCCGCCUCACCUGCAGUACAACGACCUACUAAGAAGAUGGAGCCACCUGAUGAACAUCCCAAAUUAGAUAAGGAAAUGCCAUCUGAAUCAAAAAGUAAAGCAAAAGAAAGGGAGGCAAACACAAAUAAGGACACAGAACUAAUAAAUCCGGCCGAGAAUAAAAUUGUGGAGAAAUUAGAAAAGGUUGAGGGCGAAAAAACUGAGAGGAAAAACAAAGAAAAACCACAGCUGCUCCCGCGUUCAGAUAAAAAUACCCCAAAGGCCAAGGUUGCAGACAGCAGACGAGGUAUCUCGGGGACAGAGGGGAGCACUGCUAGAGAUGAUGAAAGAAAAAACGCUGAAAGAAAAGAUGAGACACAGCUGGUUAAAGUCAUGACAAAACCAGAGGCAAACCGUGCAGAACCGGCCGCUCAGUCCUCGAAAAACACCGCCGUUACAUCAGACCUCCCUGCUGAAAAACAGUGUGUCAGACAGACUAAGACUACACGUCCAGAGACGACUCCUGUUUGUGCCGAUAGCCACACUAAUGAGGCCGCGAGUGUGACCAAGAGUGGGAAAGGGCCUCCUGAGCUGCAGACAAAGUCCGCAAAAAGCCCUGGAACAGAAACAGAGCCAGCGGUGAUUGCAGCAGAACCACAGCCUCAUUCUGUAUCUGUGGAAAAAACGGAGAAUUCACCAGAUGACUCAUGUGCACAUGGAGCUAAUGAUGCUCAGCUCCCCAGCUCAAAGUCUAUUACCAAAGCAACUACAGCAGCUGAGAAAGUGGCUGUAAAAGCCGCUGAUGGCACUCCAUCUCUGAUAACUGCACAGACUGAUAACAGAUCAGAGAAGGACUCGUCUGUUAAAGAGCCCACUCCUAUUUCUGUCUCUGAAUCUGCGAGCGGCAGGGGAACAGAGUGGGAUGAUGGGAAAAAAAGUUCAAGUGUCAAAUCAGGGCCCUCAGAAGUCAUAGUCUCAGGAGAAGGAGACGUGAUGAAACUAGCUGCUAGGCGCCAACAGUGUGAGGAAUCAAAAAAUGCAGAGAGCACAAGUGAUAUCACUUCAGUCAAGGGCACAAAAAAAAUAGCACAGAGCGCCUCUGACGGCGCCGCAUCAAGCUCUGCAGUUACUGUGGUAGGGAAGACAGCUGAGAAAACAUUCCAAUCAAAAAUAAAUGAACUUUCACCUGUUGCUAACGGUGAUAUCUCUGCACUUCCACAACUCCACACAGUCAAAAAGGAAGCGGUCACUAAAAAGCAAAGUCUGAAAGCACUUACUUCCCCACAGGCCAAUAAGCUGUUCUCAGAGCAGCGUUCAGCCAUGAAGAAGCUCCAUUUGCCACGGGGACUGAGCAAAGAUGAUUCCGCAACACACCAUGACGCCCCCUCUAGCUGGCUGGAUGUAGACCUGCCUAAGAAGAAGCUUAAAUUCCCACCACCCAAACUGACCUCUUCUGGAAGUGAGAGCAAUCUUUUGGACGCUUCUAGUGAGUUAGACGACGCCGAUUUCAUUGAGAGAAUCAAGAACCUCUGCGCCCCGUUCUCCCUCCCGCCACGUAAACACAACCAAUUUCGGCUACCUCAGCCGCCAUUCGCCAUGCCCGCCAUCAAAGAGGUCGGCAUUGAGAAGACCUUUGACCCAGAGGAGUUUAAGUUUGGCUUAAGGAAGAAGAACAAGUUCACAGUGGAUACAGCCCCGAGCUUUUUAGCCAUGCUCCAGAACAAGGAGACAAAAUCAAGCCUGAAGCCUGCCAGGGCGAGCUUGGCAGACAGGAGCCUGCUGCUCAGCAGCCUGGACACUCACUCUCGCCUCAGGGACAAGAGCCCCGCCGAGGAUGAGGAAGGUGAAAAGAAGGAGGAGGAGAAAGACGAACAGGUCAGAGUGAAGUCUCGCUUGGAGGGGAGCUGCGUCCUCAGCAGCCUCACUUCCUCCAUCUUCAGAGGGAAGAGGAAUGGAGUCCAGGCGGAAGGCACCAGCUCCGGGGAUGUGUCCCCCAGUGAUACCCCUCGGCAAAGCCCCCCGCUGUCAAGCCCGACUGCCACAGCUCCACAUAAAAACACACAGGCCCUUGGCAACAGAGAGGAAGCCCAGGCUGCGGAGGCUGUGGUCAGUGACUCAGGCCCUCCACUUCCCUCCUUUAACGACAUCAAGCUGCCGGACUAUUUAGAGAAGUACCUCCCCCGAGAUCCUGCAAAGCCAGUGCAGAGCACACAAGGACAGGAGCAAGUCAAAACAGAGGUUAAUGGAAAAAUGAUAACUCCCGUCUCUGGAGGUGAAGCAGACCUGGCUGUGAAACCAGCUCCGGUGCUUCCUGAUGCCGUGCCUCCAUCUUUACCUGAUAUUACUCCGAUCACACACCCUGCAGUCCCUGAGCUCAAGCAGCCUCUGGCUCAGCCACAGGGAAUACUUAGAAAAACUAUAAGAACUGCCAAGGGAUUUCACAAGCGCCCAGGAAAGAUGGUGUUGUUCGAGAAAGCUCAGUUCAGCGGCCAGGCGCAUGAGAUUUACAGGGACUUAGCAGAUGCUAUGUCUCUGCAGCUCUCGCCUCUCAUAUCUGUGAAGGUUGUUAGAGGAUGCUGGGUGCUCUACGAGAAGCCUGACUUCCAGGGACGCACCAUCGCCUUGGAGGAGGGGGGCACUGAAUUGACAAACGUGUGGGCAGAGCCUGGGCCGGAGACAGAGCCGCAGAACAACCAACCGAUGCGGAUUGGCUCGAUUCGACUUGCUAUCAGGGAUUACAGCCUACCCCAUAUCGAUCUGUUUACUGAACCGGAGGGCCACGGCAGAGUAACACCUUACCAUGAUGACACAAUAGAGACGGGCUCGUUCGGCAUCCCGCUGAGCACCGCUUCCAUCCAAGUGCACUCCGGGGUGUGGCUGGUGUUCAGCGACCCAGGGUUCCAGGGCAUGGUAGCUGUGCUGGAGACAGGAGAGUAUCCUUUCCCCGAGGCCUGGGGCUUCCCAUCACCCUUUGUCGGAUCUCUUAGACCACUUAAAAUGGGUGGUUUUAAAGUGGAGAAUCCCAGUGAAGUCAAGGCUGUGGUGUAUGAGAAGCCUGGUUUUGAGGGCUCCUGUUUGGAAAUCGACAGUGACGUUUUCAGCUUUUGUGAGAGUGAAGGAGACGUUCCUAAAGAUGGAGCAAACCUUGACUCAACAAAACUGAAGUCUGUGGGUUCCUUAAAGAUCACUGGAGGACUCUGGGUGGGCUACAGCGAGCCUGGGUUUGAGGGCCAGCAGCACAUCCUGGAGGAAGGAGAGUACCUGGACUGCAGCGACUGGGGAGGCUCAGAGCCGAUUCUAUCACUGCGACCAGUUCUGGCUGACUUCAUGUCGCCGCACCUCAAAAUGUUCAGCGACAGAGAUUUCGGCGAGCUGGGAGUCAACAUUGACGUGUCGGUGCCUGUUAUUAACUUGGAUGACACGGGCUAUGGAGCGAAGACGCAGUCAGUCGACGUCAUCCGUGGCGUCUGGGUCGUGUUCGAGGAGCCAGGCUUCUGUGGUGAGAGCUACAUCCUGGAGAAAGGCCUGUAUGGAAGCCCGGAGGACUGGGGCGCGCUGCAGCCCAGAGUUGCCUCAGCUAUGCCGGUUGUGCUGGAUGAUUUUGAGAAUGCCGCCAAGUUCAAGGUGCAGCUUUUCUCUGAGCCAGGUUUUCAAGGCUCUGUCCUCCCUCUGGAGGACAGCGUGGCCUCUCUGCCGGACGGCAUCUCUGUGGCCUCGUGCAAGGUUCUGGCUGGAAGCUGGCUGGCAUUUGAGGGCCCAGACUUCACUGGCAGGAUGUAUGUGUUAGAAGUGGGGAGCUACCCAGACCUGAGAGCGAUGGGAUGUGUCANUAAAUCGCAAAUUCAUUGCACUCUCCGCCUACUCCAUUCCUUCAUGUACUUUGUGUCUCUUUUUUCACCGCUCGCUCGACAGGAGUUUUCGCUGCCAUCUAUCACUCUGUUUGAGCGGUGUGAUCUGCGGGGGAAGAGGGUGGUCCUGACAGAUGGAUCGGUCAACCUUCAGCUGGCUGGAGGCUGCAGCAGGGUCCAGUCUGUGGCCGUGGAAGGAGGCAUGUGGGUGUUAUACGAGGGAAUCAACUAUCGGGGGGCUCAGAUUUUGCUGAAACCCGGUGAGGUACUUGACUGGCGCAAGUUCAGCAGCUGGAAGAAAAUUGGAUCCCUCCGCCCUCUCAUACAGAAGCAAGUGCAUUUCCGUUUAAGGAACAGACAGACGGGGCUCAUGAUGUCAGUGACCGGCGAUUUGGCUGAUGUCAAGCUGAUGCGGAUCCAAGAAACGGAGGAGACCGAUGGGUUCGAGCAGAUCUGGUUCUACCAGAAUGGACAUCUCCACAGCCAGCUGCUCGAGGAGUGCUGCCUGUGUCCCAGCGGCAGUGUGACGAUGCCAGGAAGCCGCGUGGGUCUCAUCCCAGAGCUAGACAGCGAUAUCCACCUGUGGAGCAUCACCCCCGAGGGCUUUAUCCGGUACACCCCCACCCCUGAUCUAGUCCUGGACGUCAAAGGGGGCCUUCACUACGACAAAAACCACGUCAUCCUACAAACACUUGAUCCUCAUAAACUGCAACAAAGGUGGGACGUGGAGAUUAUAUGAAAACCAUGAACUGCUGCUGAACUGGACUCCUAAUAUUAUUAUCAGAAGAGCAGCUCUGCCGGAGGCUCUCUUAUGAAGCUGCAGUACGAAUGCUCAAGGGCGAGGUACAUCAUUGGAGAUGCUCAACCUCUGCUGCAGGAGGGCUACAAUGAUUUCCAAUGAGGAGGUCAGCGCGGAGAGCUGUGGAUAAAUCCAUAAGAAUGUAUUACGGCCCAGAGUGGAGUCUGAACUCGAUGCUUCAUAUUUUACACUUACCUAGCAAUAUAUCCCAAGGCUUAUAUUUUUUGUCUUUUCGUACAAUAAAUCUGUUUGCCUGAUGUUAAUUAACUUAAACAGUGUUAACACUUUACUGUGUUUUAUAUACAUAUAUAUAUAUAUAUAUAUAUAAAGCUUUAUUUUCCCAGCUGCAUGCAACAUGAGGAAACACAAAAUACAGUUUCUCUUGACAUGUUUUUUUCUCUUUGUUUAAUCAAAAUUGAUGCGCACAAAACUCUUUUGUUUUCAGAAUAAAAGUAUUUUUGUCAAUAAAUUUCUUUAAUACAAUAUACAUCAUGUUGAGCUGCGCUUGGUUUACAGCUAUGAACAGACUGAACGCAAAAUGCUUCAAAUUUAAAGUUUCAGUGUUUGUUUUUUCCCAAAUGUUGAAUGGUUAAAGGAACAGUGUGUAAGAUUUAAGUGGAUUUAGUGUAUCUAGUGAGCUGAAGCUUCACCUGGUUGUUCAGGAGGAUUGUACCAGGAGCCGAAUUAUCUACAGAGGUUGCUUCCUCUCCAAAACAAACAAACCAGUGAUUUAAACUGGUAAACUGGCUUGUCGGAGACAAGCUGCUAGCCCAGCAGCUGCUAAUGUGUGCCCACAUUUUAUUCUGAUAAGUUAAGAUCCAGGCAUUCAGGAGGUAUUUACCAGGAGCCGAAUUGACCCUUUGCUAAGUCUCGCCCAUGGACGCAGACUGACCCAUCAUAGUGUUGCAUCCGUCCGGCUCAGACCAGAGUCCAACCACAACACUGCUGUGCUCCACUGACUCAGAUUUCCUUCAUUUUCAGGCUGGUUUUGUGGAUUUGGAGCUAAAUGUUGUGCCUGGGGCACGUCGUGUAUUAAUGAUACUCGUUACCUGGAGAGGUUGGAAAAAGACAUACGUUUCUUCCCUGUACCAAAACCAAAAUCAGACCCUGGAAAGUGUAGGGUUAGCUAGCUAGCUACUGAAGAUAUAGCCUACUGAAUGUAUACACAUGCUGCUUUUGCUUUUUAAUGAUUAUAACAGUGGAAAAAAGGCCAACCCUGCUGUACAGGAACCAGUGAAGGGAAGCAGGAAAACUUUGCUGAUAUUCAACCAGCUCUGUGUCCUCGCGAUGAACGCUGUUUGACUUCCCCUGGAGAUCCCCACCCUUACAUUGGCAGAGGUCCGGGCGCUACCGUCGGCACAGUUCAUCUGCACACCCUGCGAUGCCACACAGCUGGUUCAGUAUCAGCAAAGUUUCCCUUUAUAUUCAUUGUCUUCUGUGUCAAUCAGCAGUGAUGUGGUGGUUCACUUUUACACUGUGAUCUGUAGCCUAUAGCUCGGCUUUAGCUUCUAACUAUCUUUGUCUUUUUAACCUGUUGUUGCUGCUGAGUCAGUUUGACAUCCUGGAUAUAUCCUUCAAACACAGACUGUAGACCCCUCUGUCUGCUUCUCUCUGGAAUCACUGUUUCAUUUUUCUAAAAACAUGAUAAUGUGUCUUCAGGGAGUGCAGUUAGUUACAGUGUGGGCUCCAUGCUUACUCCGACAGCUUGAUACUAGGGAUUUAAACCAGCAAUAACGGUAAAUAAUACAGAUUCACAUUUUGAAAAUCUGUUUUUCCGACGCUCUCAUUGCAGAGGGGCAACAUGACAUUGGGUAGUUGUCAAACAACUCCACAUGGACAAACGCAAAUGUGUUAUCAUGCUGCUUGAGCC